AACAGUCAAGAGACAAAAGGACCCUUACCCUCUCCUUGAUCCUUCUCCUUCUACGCCGGUCCUACCUUCAUUUACUAACCAGCCAGCCCAUCCACCGCCACCGCUGCCACCACCACCACCGCCACCUUCGUCUACUCCUAAGACACCACCAAACCUUUAAUCUUCACAGAUAUCCUCCUUAUCUCCCCCUUUCUAAGAAUCUCCAGAGAAGCUGAAGGAGAGGGAGAGAAAACCGCCAUUGUUAGGAUUUUUCAGCCGACGGAAAGAGAAAAAAUUCGCAGAUAUUGUAAGUCGGAAUUUUCAAAUGAUUACAAAUUUACAACUGGAAAUUGCUAAUGUCUCACUUGGCGCUGAGAAUUGAGAACUGAGAAAUCAAAGAGGAAAGCAGCAGAAGCAAUACCUUCAUUCUGCAAUACUCCGUGUAAAGGAGAAGACACAGAGAUGAAGAUUACACCUCAAGCUUUUGCAGCCUUCUUCCAUGGCGGUAAUGCUCUUUAUCCUCCUUUUCUAUUUCAUUCCAGACAUUUUUCUCAUUUCCCUUUCCCUAGUACAAUACAUGUUGCUAUUCAUGAUCGUCACCUAUUUAUCAAUUCUGUUAGAGAUCAAUGCAAAUUAGGGUUUACUGAUCUUAAUCAUCCAAUUUCUCUCUUCCGCCAAUUAAUCUACUUGCGUCCUCUUCCUUCUGUUAUCGAUUUCAAUCAGCUCUUCACUUCUAUGCUCAAAUUGAAAAACCUAAAACCUCAUUUGACCAUUAUUUCUCUCUCCAGCAACCUUGAAUUAUCGGGUAUUCGACCCGAUAGGUAUUCUAUGGGUAUUCUUGCCAAUUGUUACUGCCAUUUGGGCAGAAUUGAUUUCGGUUUGUCUCUUAUGGGUAAGUCCCUUAAGCUUGGUUAUCCUCCAAAUUGUAUUACCUUUACCACUUUGAUCAAUGGCUUUAUCCACUGUGAUGAGCUUCCCCAAGCUGUUCAAUUAUUGGACAAAAUUGUUAAGCUUGGUUUAAAACCUGACAUUGUUACCUAUGGUGCAAUGAUCAAAGGGCUCUGUAGGAUAGGCGACAAUGCCGGCGCUCUCAGUUUACUUAACAAAAUGCAAUCAGAAGGUCUUUGUAAGCCUAACCUUCUCAUAUAUACCACUGUUAUUGGUAGUCUUUGUGAGGAAGGAUUAUUAAAAGAGGGCUUGGACCUGUUCUCUGUAAUGAAAACUGAGGGCAUUCAACCUGAUCCUGUCACUUAUAUCUCCUUGGUUCGAGGCCUCUACAAUUCCGGCUGUAGGGAACAGGCUAAGGUUGUAUUGGAUGAAAUGAUAGAGAGCAAAAUAGCACCAAAUCUUAAGACCUACAACAUGCUGGUUGAAAUGUUUUGUAAAGAUGGGAGUGUUGAUGAUGCACACACCAAUCUAGAGCUUAUGAUUGAACGAGGAUUAACUCCAGAUAUAGAUACUUACAAUGCUUUACUCAAUGGUUAUUGUUGGCGUGGUCAUAUGAAAGGUGCCAAUAAGAUACGUUACCUAAUGGAAAAAAACAAUUGUGAGCCUGAUCUUUUGAGUUUCAAUACUAUGAUUAAUGGAUAUGUGAAACUAAAAUGCAUUGACAAGGCCCUCAAAUUAUUCCAAGAAUUGCUUCUAAAGAGAAUAAAACCUGAUGUUUUUACGUAUAGUACUCUAAUUGACGGCUUGUGUAAAGCCAGGAGAAUUACACAUGCAAACCAGUUGUUCACAGAAAUGCAAGCUCAGAGAGUUAUUCCAAAUGUUGUCACGUAUAAUUCCUUACUUGACGGCUUAUGCAAAACUGCACGGUUUGAUGAGGCACGAGCAAUACUUGAAGAUAUGGGCAGUAAAGGAGUUCAACCUGAUACUGUCUCUUACAAUAUCCUAAUGAACAGCUUGUGUGAGGCUGGACACCUUGAAGAUGCAGCAAAUUUCUUUUCUGAUCUUGUGUUGAACGGUCUGCAACCUAGUCUUGAAACAUACAAUAUAAUGGUUAAAGGCUGCUGUAAGAAGGGAUUGAUGAAUGAAGCUGCUAAAAUAUUGAGAAAAAUGGAGGAAGACGGUUAUUCCCCAAAUAAUGUCACUUAUAAUUUGAUCAUCAGAAGAUAUGUUUUCAAAAAGGACUUAUCGAAAGCAUUAUACUACCGUGAUCUCAUGCUUAGCAAAGGAUUUAAAGCUGAUGCAUACACUUCCUCAUUACUUGUUGACCUCUUGUCCUCUGAUAACUUAGUUCAAGGGUCUACAUCAGAAGCUUAUCAACUGAAUGGAAUUUAGAUGACAGCAAGUUUGCUAGAUAUUUUAUACCUUGGGUAUUGAUCUGUUGUUCUCCAGGUAUCUUAUUUAUCUUUCUGUUAGAGUAAUCAAUUGCUUAUGCAGGGGUCUUUCCUAUGUUGCUAUGACUACUCAAUUUGUUUUUUUGGCAACAAGUACAAAUAUUGGUUUUCUGUGAGUUCUGUAGAAGUUCAAUGCUCUGUAUUUCUUCUGUAUCUUCAUGAAGAACAUGCUAUUCCUUGUCCUAAGUUAAGAUUGUUCUGUCUUUCCUGGUUAUUUGCUUUAUGACUAAUAGGAAUAUACAGGGAGUGCUAAAAAUUUGGAUGAGCACCAUUGAAAUAGGCACUCCAAUUUAAAUCUGUGGUGUUUGGACUGCAGAGAUGCAAAGGGUUACAUGAGCCAUACGGACAAAACAAACCUGUAGAAACCAUGUACAUCAUACUUGGAGCAUAAUCCGAUAUACUAAAAAAUCUGAAUUGGAGUAGGAGAAUUGGAGAAUAUGAGCUGCAGCAAUGAAGCAGUGGUAAUAUCCAGCAUUCCAGUCUAUUGGGUUUGAUAUCCCCAUUUAGUUAGGUAGUAAGCCUAGUAUCUGCAGUACUAGUCACUUCAUUUCACUCUUUGCUCUUGUUUUUCAUUAUUUGUUCCACCCAUGAAGGUUAAUUAUGUGGUUUAAUUGUUCUUUCGACAUGGUAAUAACCCUGUCAAUAAUGAAAAUUGUAGAUAUACACAGCUUCUCUCAAUUUAUUGAGAGAUGACUACUUGGGAUGGACCAAAAUUUGCUAUUGUUUCUUUUGUCUCCAUGAGUGCUUUUGACAGCUUGUGUGAAGCUGAACGGUUUAAAGAUGCAGCAAAUAUCUUAUCAGAUCUUCUGUUCAAGAGUAUGCAACCUAGUGGUAAAAUAUAUUACUGGUAUAAUGAUUGAUGGCUUUUGGAAGAAUGGGCUCAUGAGUGAAGCUACUGACUUAAAUGGACAGGAAGUGCAGUUUUUACAACAGUGUCACUAUCAUACAGCUGUUGGAGGAUUUAUUCUCAAUAAUGAUAUUCCAGGUGCAUUAUACUACUGGUUAUGGUUGGUAAGGACUCAUGCUGAGAUUAAAGCCUUGCUCAUCGAGUCAUCGUGCAUAUUUCCUACAAUAAUAAGAGGUUGCUGCAAAAGUUCAUUGAUUGACAUGAAGUUGAGAUUAUGGCCACUGUGAGGAGUACUAGAGACUUUAGAUGAGCACCAUUGACUUUCUUCUUUGUGUUUUAGUCAAAAACAAGAAUGACACUCCAUUUUGAUUUUCUGUGUUGCUUAUACUGCAGGAAUACAGUCAACUGAUCCAUAUAAAACGUCCCAAGACUCGUGGUGGAUGAAAAGUAAAUCUUUAUACUCAGGUACAUUCUUCCCUAGAGUAUUCUGUGGAAAACUAGAAAAUCUCAAACAGUUUAAGGGAAGAUGAGCUGCUGCAACAGAGAAUCACAGCAGUGGUAAUUUUCUAGCCUUUGGAGUUUGAUAUCACAAAUUAGUUAGUGAAUAUUAUACUUGUCUGAUGCAGUUCUCUACUAACAUACUUCUAUUCAUUUUGCUCCUGUCCUUGUACAUGGUUGUAGUAUUAUUUGAAUUCGACCCUCUCACUUUGCUGCAAGUAUGGUGAAGAGGAACAUUUAACUAAGAAGGAAGUAAAUGACUUGAGUCUUUUAAUAGGCUAAUAAAAGUUGGCUUAUUGCAUGAGAUAUGCCAUCUGUUACUGCUUGAGUUUAGUGUCUUUGUAUUGGUUUUUUUUUUUACCAAAAAAUUAAAUAACUAUGACACUGAUGCUUGUACCAUGAUUUUCCUCACUGUGUUAUCUGAGAAAUUCUGGCAAUGGUAGGCUAAAUUUCUCAGGCUUUAUGCUAAAUGGUUUCUAGGUGGAUUGAUUUUCCCUCUUCUCCGUUUUCUAUGCACCACCAACAACCCAACUUAGCACUCAAAGUUUUUCACGGUUUGUUAUAGUCUUGAAGGUUAAAUAUGCAAAUCAUCUCUUGUCCAUUUAUAUGCAAAUCAUCUGUUGUCUAUUUAGAUGGUUUGUUGUAUCUUAAUCUGUAUUCUACAUGUUAUAUAAUGGUGACUUGCAGAUAUAUUUCGCUCUCCCAACCUGGCAGAGUGGCAGUGACCAAAUCAUGCUACAAUUACCUGUGUGUCUCUUUGAAUGCUUUUGACAGCUUGUGUGAGGCUGAAAGGUUUGCGAUGCAGCAAAUCUCUAUUUAAGGGUCAACGAAUUCAAUGACUAAAGGCCUCAUGAGUGAAGCUAUAUCCGGAAAUGGAGAAAGGGCUGCUUUUCCGACAAUGUCACUAGUAACACAGUUGGAUUUAUUCUCAAUAACGACUUACCGAGUGAUAAUAGGAAGUUGCUACAAAAAAGUUCGUCAACUGCUGAUUGCGUCAACAAAGAGUUUUUCACCUACAUACUCAAUAUCGAAGAGCAAUGAUUCAGUCAGGUCUGUUCAUAGAACCCAACCUUCAGAGACGAAGACAACGAGACUGAAGAAGACAUACAUGCCAUUGCGAGAAAGGAGAGCAUGCGAAGGACUGAAGAAGUCAACAUUUUCAGUCGAAGAAAACAAAGGAUAGAUAUGAAGAGUACAUAUAGAUGGACAAGGUAAUUACUUUACUGCAUAAUUGUGUUAUAUAUCAGUGUUUUUGAGGUUAAAAAUAAUGUUUGAUAGUCAGAGAAAACUGGAGUGUGUGGUGUUUAUAUAGACAAGAAAGCAUGCAGGUAAAUGCAGAUUAAGUAGUUUAAUAUGUGUAUUAGUAAAUGGGAAUACAAAGUUAAUGAAAACGUGUUCAAUGUUUAGAAAUGGUUAAUCAAUAUCAGUGUCGCAACAGCUAGCUGUAGCUACACAAGUUCUUGAAA